CUGGGUUGUACAUAUACACACACAUACAAAGCAAUCUUCUUCAACUACCUAUAACUCUAGUUGUCUUAGAAUGGAUGACAGGUUGAGGGUGGCUGCUCAAGAGGGAAACAUCCAACUUUUGUACACAUUAAUUCAAGAGGAUCCAAAUAUUUUGGAUCGCAAUAUGGAUGAUAAUUUGUUAGCUGAUACUCCUUUACAUGUGGCUGCAUCAACGGGUAACCUUCAAUUUGCAGCAGAAGUCAUGAAGUUGAAGCCUUCAUAUGCCAGGAAGCUCAACCCACGUGGCUUGAGCCCAAUUCACUUUGCUCUACGAAGUGGUGGGGAUGAUCGCGUGGUCGAGUGGUUUGUCUCUGUUGAUAGCAACUUGGUCCGUGAUAAAGGAGGAGAUGAGGGCAUGACUUCUCUGCAUUAUGUGAUUGCUCAAGGAAAUGUUAAUCUUUUGAGAUCUUUCCUACUGGCUUGCCCAGACUCUAUUGAAGAUUUGACAACGAAACGAGAAACUGCACUGCAUAUUGCCCUAAAAUACUACGUUCCCAGGAUUUUUGAGGCUUUGGUGGGAUGGCUAAAGAAGGUCGACAAGGAAGACAUCUUAAACUGGCCAGAUGAUGAUGGCAACACCAUCUUGCAUAUGGCCAUAUCCAAGAAUCAAACUCAGGCUGUGAGAUUGUUGUUAGGCAAAAAAGUGUUUAGAAUGAUUAAGGUAAAUGCGAAGAACGUUAUGGGCUUAACAGCUUUGGACAUCUUUCAACUUCCAAUGGAAUUGGACAUCAACAUAGAGAUCGGAGAUAUGCUAUGCCAAGCUAAAGCAUUGAGAGGAAUAUCUAUUAAACAUGAUGAUCCCCUUGAAGAAUUAGAAAAAAUAGACAAGUACUCCUCUGGACUUGGUGCAAACAAGGACAUGUCUCAGGCGGUAUUGACUGUGGCCGUACUAAUUGCAACAGCCACAUUCCAAGCCGCGCUCAGCCCACCUGGUGGAAUCUGGCAAGAUGACCGUAAGCCAGUCCACAAUGCAACUGCCAACACCACCAGCCCACCUGGUGGAAUCUGGUUUCGUAGAGGACCACAUCUUGCAGGGACGUCAACAAUGACACCGUGGCAGUUCGGUGCUUUCUAUUUCUGGAACAGUGUGACCUUCUAUGCGUCCAUGAGCACAAUCCGUCUCCACACGGAAGGACAUUUUUUACUAAAUAUAUCCCAACUAUUUCUCAGUGCCACCUAUUGUUGUUCUGUGCUCCUUAUCGUGCCAUACACAUCCUCGUACACAUCCUUUUACAUGGGGAUAUUCUUAGCCCUAUGGUUGUUUCAUUUCUUUGCAUUUCCCUUGAUUCGCUUCAUCAUCCGUACGGAACAAAUUGAAGUACCAUCCAUCUUCCCAAAAAAGAAAUUUGAAAUACGAUAUGUUCCUAUCUUCCAAUUGAUAAUAUUUGCCAUUACAUUUGUCGUUUCUAUUGCAUAGUAAUGUCACCUAUACAUACCCAGAAUCUUUAUGUCAAAUAAUUUUGUAAGAAAAAACACUCAAGAAUCAUGUCAUUUCAUUUUGAAAUGAUAUUAAUAAAGUAGUUACCAUAUGGAUGUAAUUGAUAAACAUUGCUAGUC